AGUGGCUAAAGGAUCUUCGAAGUCAAUAAUUUUACAUUCAUCAAGAAUUCUAAAUAAUUCUUUUUUAUUCUUUUUCACAAAUAUAUGAAAACAUGAGUAUAUAUUAAUAGUUUUAAAGUUAGAAUUUACUUUGAAUGGAUAGUACGAGCAUUCGACAUGCUCCGUAAAAAUAUCUCAAACUAAAGAAGGAGCAAUGAGUGAGUACGCAUGUCAAGGAAUAUUUUUAUGCAGAGAGAAAAAGAGGGGAAAAAUACCUACCAUUACGAGUUAAUUAUGUUCGUCAAGAAAAGUUAGAUGCAUAAAUUCGCGAUCGAUGAGAAACAAUUAUCAGUAACCCUUUUAUUUUGUUAUUGAUUAUAUGUUUUCGUGUAAAAGAAAGGAAGAAAAGAAUUAUUAUGAAAGUAAUAGAUGUAAAUUCGAAGGAAGAGAAAAAGAGAAACGACAUGAGCUCGAUCGAACUUUGACUCUUUGUCUCAUGGCAGAUUCGUUUCAACCUUGCUAAGAAAUGGACGUUUUCAAAGAGAUGUGUUACUACAAAUAUAAUCAAGUUUUUCUUUCGAUAAUCGGACUAUGGCCUUAUCAAGACAUAAAAACUCGACGAAUUCGUAUAUCCUUUGUGAGCGUUAUUUUAAUGAUUAUUCUUUCCGUUCAGUUGACGGAGUUAUUAGAACAGAUCAAAUUCGAUUGGACAAAAUUGGAGACGGAGCAAGAACUUAAGAUCUUUCAAAAGUAUGCCAAUGAAACUCGCAUGUGUACUCUCUUCUUACUGUUCAUAUUAUUCGGAUCUGUCAAUGCUAUCUCACUUUUAACUCUAUUACCAAUGUUAUUAAAUGUUGUUGCGCCGUUAAACGAAUCACGUCUCUACGAGAUUCCGUUUCCAGUGGAAGUCUUUUUUGAUACUACUAAAUACUUUCAUACAACUUUUUUUUUAAUAUUCUUUCUGCUAAAUAUUAUGGGAUGUGUAUCGAUAGGAGUAUACAGUUUAAUUCUGAUGGUUUUACAACAUUGUAGUGGAUUAUUUGAACUUGUUGGAUACAUUUGGGAAAAUUCAGUUGAGGAUAAAAAAGAAAUUUUCACAAAUAAAGAGAAUAAGAAAAUUUAUAAGAGAAUAAUACGUGGUGUGUGGUUUCAUAAAAGAACAAUCAAAUUCAUCGCUAAUAUAAAUUCAGUUUGCCAGAAUAGUUAUUUGAUCCAGAUUAUCUUUUUUGGAAUUUUAAUCGAUAUCGACAUUCUUCGAAUAUUAAAUACAAAGUUAAAGUUGGAAAAUUUCAAGGAAAUUAUGACUUGUAUAAUGCAUAUAAUCGGAAACCUAGUCUGGGCAUUUAUAAACUGUUAUUUUGGACAAAGAGUGAUAGAUCGUAGUUCCGACGUACACACAAAAAUAUGUAAUGCAAGAUGGUAUUUAUCUUCUACAAAAAUACAAAAAUUAAUUUUGUUAAUAAUAACGAAAAGCAUAAAACCGUCUUACGUAUCGAUUGGUGGAACAUUCACAUCUUCGUUGGAACUUUUUGCCUCGGUAAAAUCUGUAAUUAGAUUGUAUAUUCUUAUCACAUUCUUUAAUAAAGAGACAAAGAUAGUAAGAAUUUCUCAGUUUCAAUUCUCGAUUUCGCGUAUUAUAUUCGAACGUUCAUCGUCAGGAAUGGACUUCUUCGAAAAUGGUCAUUACAAUUUUAUCCGGAUCAGUCUUUCUCCAAUCGGACUUUGGCCUUCCACCGAACCAAAAACCAGAUUAAUUCGAAGGUUUAUCGUUAUACUUAAUUGUUUCUCUAUUUUAUUGUUACAGACACUAAAGAUCAUUAUGAAUAAUUAUAAAAUAGAUAUCAUUUUCGAAAUUUUACCGUAUUUUCUUGUCUGUUUAGCUGGUAUGUUUAUGCACUUAAAUAAUUCUAUCAACUCAUCACAGAUGUAUAGACUUUUAGAGAUCAUCAAAGACGAUUGGCGCGAACAAGAAGGGACGAAAGAAUUUGAAAUAAUGAAAAAAUAUGCAUGGGAUUCCAAAAACUACUCGAUAAUAAUGUUGGCAAUACUUUUUUUGCCGAUUUAUAUAAUAAUGAUUGCAUCUAUUCUACCUCUUACUCUCGAUUUCAUCAAUCCCUUAAACGAGACUCGCCCACGGGUCCUUCCAUUUUUAAUGGAAUUUUAUGUCGAUGACCAGAAAUACUUUUGUCCACUGUUAAUGAUAAUAUUUAUUAUGAUAUUAAUAUUAGGCCUAACCGUGAUAAGCAACUGUACUCUAUUUUUAGUCUUCAUACAACAUCUUUGCGGAAUGUUCUACGUCGUUGGUAACAUGGUCGACAAUGUCUUCAACGACAAACAUUGUUCUGAACUUGAAACUUAUGCGAAAAUAGUCCGUUGUAUAAAAUAUCAUAAAGAGGCAUUAGAAUUUGAAAUGAAACUGCGUGCCUUAUACGAACACGUUUACUUGGGAUUAGUUAUAAUAGGGCUCUUUCUUAUGGCUACUUCUAUUAUACAGCUAAUACAAAAAAAUGCAUUCAAACUGGAAAAUCUGAUAGAAUCUUCGAUAUCCAUCAUCAUUUUUAUCAGUAGUACGAUCAUAAUAUAUUUAAAGUGCUAUUUUGGUCAGAAAUUAAUCGAUCACAGCACUUAUCUAUUGAACAAAAUAUUCAAUACGCCUUGGUACUUGCUUACUAAAAAAUCACAGAUAUUACUCUGGUUUAUGAUGGCAAGAAGCACAAAACCAUGUUAUUUAUCAUUUGGCAAGCCCUUUUGUAUAUCUAUUCAAUUUUUCGCAUCGGUAAGACAUGAAACGAAACAUAUAUCAUUCCGUAACAUCUAUUUUCAAUGAAGUAUAUCUAUGUAUUUUUUUUUCAAGAUGCUACAAACUGCAGUAUCUUACGCG